AUGACGACCUUCAUCCCUUCCAUCACCAUCCCGGCGGCGGUCUUCGCCAACCCCGCAGCAUCUAUUCUGCUGCCCGUCGCCUUGGGCACCGCCGUGGGAUUCUCUGUCCGACCUACGGACACGCAAAAGACCUACCUCGCCCUUAAGCAGCCACCCUACAGGCCACCUCCCGAAGUCUUCGGCCCAGCAUGGACAGUCCUCUACGGCCUCAUGGGCUACUCAGCCUACCGCGCCUACAGCGUCGGCAUGUCGCCCUUCGCCUCUACUGAGAAGCACCUCUUGGUAAAGCACGGCGCUACAUUGUACACCAUCCAACUCGGGCUGAACCUCAUGUGGAUGCCCCUUUUCUUCUGGGCCAAGCGCCCCAUCGAAGCCUCCGUCGACAUCGUUGCUCUGACUGGCGUGACCGGCUACUUGACCUAUCUCUGGGCUAAGGUUGAUACCGUUGCUGGCCUCGCUCUUGCGCCGUAUCUUGGCUGGUUGGGCUAUGCUACGUAUCUUUCACUUGGUGUUGGCUACCUGAAUGGAUGGGACUUCAACGACAAGGUCGUUGAUGCUUCCCCGUCUACUAAGGAUUCCAAGUGGGUGGAUGAGAAGGGCAACUAA